UGGAGGCGGAAGUAUCUGUGACAGGGGCGGAAGUGUAGUUUCGUGCUUGUCUCUGUGGAAUGCAGGGAACCGGGAGCAGGUCGGAGGGGCUAAGGCGGUGGCGGGUCUCUCAGGUUUGAGUGUCCGGUACUGGGGAGGGUAGGAGUGGGCUGAAACCUGACUAUGGCGACCCGCCGGCUGACCGACGCCUUCUUGCUAUUACGGAACAAUGCGGCCCAUAACCGGCACAUUCUGGCCGAGCAAGUGAGUAAUGAGAGGCGCCCGGGGAGUGCGCGGAGCUCGGGAGCGGAGCUGGAUGAGCUGGCCGAUGAUCGUAUGGCAUUGGUGUCAGGCCUGAGCUUGGAUCCUGAGGCAUCCAUUGGUGUGACCAAACGUCUCCCUCCAAAAUGGGUGGAUGGGGUGGAAGAGAUCCAGUACGAGGUCACAAGGAUAAAACAGAAAAUGAAAGACCUGGCCAGUGUGCAUGACAAGCACAUGAACCGGCCAACGUUAGAUGACAGCACAGAGGAAGAGCAUGCCAUUGAAAUAGCUACUCAGGAGAUCACGCAGAUGUUUCACCGCUGUCAGCGAUCUGUGCAGUCCUUACAGAGUCGGUCACGCCACUGCACAGAGCAGGAAGAGCGAUUACUAAGGAAUGUGGUAGCUUCAUUGGCACAGUCACUUCAGGACCUUUCAACCAACUUCCGACAUGUGCAGUCUGGGUAUCUGAAAAGGAUGAAAAAUCGAGAAGAGAGAUCUAAGCAUUUCUUUGAUACAUCGGUUCCUCUCAUUGAUGACGGGGAAGACAAUACUCUGUACGAUCGGGGCUUUACAGAGGACCAGCUGGCCUUGGCACAGCAGAACACAUUAAUGGUGGAAGAACGAGAGAGAGAGCUACGCCAGAUUGUACAGUCAAUCUCUGAUCUGAACGAGAUCUUUAGAGAGCUGGCAGGAAUGGUGGUAGAGCAGGGCACGGUUCUGGACAGAAUUGACUAUAAUGUGGAACAGGCCUGCGUUAAAACAGAGGACGGUUUGAAACACUUACAGAAGGCAGAGCAAUACCAAAAGAAGAACCGCAAGAUGCUCAUCAUUUUAAUUUUGUUUGUACUCGUGAUAGUCCUUAUUGUUGUGUUAAUUGGUGUCAAGUUCAAAUAGGUUAUUCUUUUAUUUAUUUUUUUUACAUUUCGAAUUUGAGUACAGAUUUUUUUUUUUCUUGUGUGUAAAGAAACUCAUUCUGCAAAAUGGUUUGGGAGAAGAACUCAAGUCUGGAAAGGGCGCUGAUAAACUGAUUCAAAUGUUUGCAUGAGCCAGAAGAGAGCGCAAGAAUCCAUGCUGGCACUACCAUCUCUUUUCUAAGAGACUUUAUUUCUGCUUCAUAAAAAAAAAAAACCUUAUGGACCAAAAAAUUGUAUGACCCUCUUCUGGAAAAGGAAUGACUCCUGCAUUAUGUAAAUCAAGUCUUUCCUGAUUUUGUCCCAGAGUUCUGGUUCUGAAUGCUGCUAGUGACCUUCCCCAGUGUCGGACUGGCCCACUGGGUAGGGUUGCCACCUGGCCGGUAUUUUACCCGCCUGUUAUUAAUAGGGAAAAACGUUAAAAUAUAUAUAGGUAUUUUUUUUCCA